CACAGUCCAGCACAAAAAGGUUUGCAUUAUUUUUACAUUAUUCGUUAAGAAUAUUAUCCCUAUAAGAUCCGUUUCCCACAACAUACCCGACCACCUGGGCCCUUCCAGCAUUUUCAAUUUUAAUUGCAUUUUUAUCUUCUCGCUCUCUGAUAAACGCUAUGGUCAGUGAAGGUGUUUCCCGUACGGGAAAUACACAGGCAGUUUUUUUCGCAGCAAAUCCCCGCAAAUAAUAAAGGCGCAGAGGUGCUGGCAAAUUGGAACACCCCUCUCUCUCUCUCUCCCCCCACCUCUCCAUUCCCCUUUCCUUCUCCAAAUGAAAUCCAACAAAGUUGAAAUGAUGGAGAGGUCAGCACAGAUGGCCUCCAAACGUUUAAAGGCACUUGUGGAAACUCCCGAAAAGGCUUUGAAUGUUGGUGCCUAUCACAAUGUGUAAGAUAAAUGGUGGCCAGGAAGCAAGAAAAGUCUCCAGCUUUUCAUUUUUACAGAAGUGCACCAUGAUCUUUUUGUACCUCAGCCUCAGGGUUAGAGGACUGUGUGUGUUGGGGGGCGGGGGGUGAUGGAGCUUAUUGCCUGUUGCGUUCUGUGUUCCUCUGCCAAACAGUUGUGGGCAUGUGCUACUUUGGCGCCGGAGUGUGUGGCGACGCCUGCCUCCGGCACACCGCACCGCAAACAACGCGUUUCCCUCCACGUUUCGAUAGUAAGAUGGCGGCAAGCUCAGAUGCUGCGGCAUCCCUGGGUCCAACCAAAGGUGUGAUUGUUCUUCCUUUACAUCUUUUUCACGACUUCAGGACACUGCUGGCUGUUAAGGGCAUCAAGCAUGGCAGGUCCACCCUGUCAGUAAGUUGCUGGAUAGUGAUGGAGCUGGACUCGUUGUGCACCAUACUGUUUCAGCCACCAAGGAAGGAGGAGGUGGUGCACAAACCAAUGAACAGGGACCAUUGUCCUGGACAUUCCUUCGCUGGUGAGACCGAUGGUGGGGAAGCUGCGUGGCCUUGGUUGUGGCACGGACCAGGCCUCAUUCGUGCCUCGGAGUCACCUGCUGUGGCCGCCAAGGAAGGAGGCGCUGGAGCUAGUUGUGCGCCGCUGGAUUCCACGCUGGUCCCUUCCAUCAGUACUGCCCUCCAGUGUUCACUUGACAGGAGACGAGCUGGAUGGCAUUGGACUGCAGCGGUACUGUGCUGUGCAGAAACAUGGCUCCAGGACAACUUCCAUGUACCAUCAAUCUUCAGGCCAUGA